AUGGGGAUUCUUUCUUCGGCUCGCUCGUCGGUUCUUGUAAACGGGUCUCCAACUUUCGAAUUUCAAUGUGGAAAAGGUAUGAGACAAGGUGACCCGAUAUCCCCGUUUUUAUUCAUUGUCACUAUGGAAGCGUUAUCUUACAUAUUUGACAAAGCUUGUGAGGCCAGGGUUAUGGACGACAUUCGUCUCCCGAAUUACGGUCCUCUCCUUUCGCACUUGCUUUACGCAGACGAUGCUAUCAUCCUUGGUGAGUGGUCUAGAGGGAAUGUUGAGAAUGUGGUUAGAAUUCUUAGAAGCUUUUAUGUGUGCUCGGGUCUUCGUAUCAACCUUGCCCUUUUAGCGAAAUGGGGAUGGCGCUUCAAGACCGAAAAAGAGAACUUAUGGGUUAAGGUGAUCUCAGCGAUUCAUACAGGAGGUUCCAAAUGGGAUUUUUUUCCGGUCAAAAAGACUACUGGGGGGGGUUGGCAAAACAUCAUCUCUGUUAUCAACAAACCAGGUGCCGAAAAUCUGCCGAUCAGGAACUUCUUCAAAGGGGUUAUUGGAAAGGGGGAGGAUAUUAGUUUCUGGCUUGACCCGUGGCUCACGGAUCAACCACUGAAAAUGUGUUACCCAAACCUUUUUCAAUUGGAAGUGGUUAAAAAUUGCUCGGUUAAAAACAGAUUGGAGAGGCAAGGGUUGUGGUUAUGGAGAUCUGACCCAAACACUGAAGAGGAUCUGUCGGAAAUGGGUAAUCUCCGCAAUAAACUGCUCGAUAUAUCGCUUUCCAAUCGGUCCAACUCGUGGCGUUGGCUCGGGACAGAUCUGGGUCUUUCUCUGUUGGUUCCGUUAAGAAACUGA